UCUCUCCCUCGCUCCCUCGCUGCCUGCCGGCCGGGAGCCCCCGGCGGGGUGACAGCCCUGCCGAGCGCAGCAGCCCCGGCCGGGGCUGCGGAGCAGCGCCCGCUCCCGCCUCGGCCCGCUCGCUGCCGGGACGCAGCGGGGCCGCCCUGCGCCCGCCAUGUGGAAGCUCAACAAGAGCAGCAAAGUUCUGCUGGACGACUCGCCCGAGGAGGAGGAGACGCGUCCCCGCGGGCCGCCGCCCGCCGCCGCCUUCGCGGCCCCUCAGGUUCAAGGUGCAAGUUUCCGGGGCUGGAAGGAAGUGACAUCCAUGUUCAAUAAAGAUGAUGAGCAGCAAUUGCUGGCAGGAUGCAAAUCUCCAAAAUCCAAAGGAACAAAUCUAAAAUUAAAGGAAGAGAUGAAGUCUGAAAAGAAGCCAGGUUUUUGGGACAGUUUGGUGAUAAAGCAGAAUGUUCCAUCUAGGAAACCAGAUGAGAUUGAGGGAUGGGAACCACCACAGAUUACCACUGCUGACUCUACCAGUGAUGCAGCAACUCCUUUAAGUGACUAUACAGCCUGGUCAGGCUGGGAAGAUGAAACCAAAGGCUCCACAAAAUACACAAACCUGGCCAGCUCAGGAAACAGCUCCAGGUGGAGUAUCAAAUCAGCUGGAAAGCUGGUGCCUGCUCUACACUUGGUUCAACCAACUGCAGAGGACUGCAGGGAAGUCAAGGAUACAGGACUAACAAAGGCAACCAGGCUGACCUUCAGCUUUUACAAGUCUCCCAUGUUGUCAAAUGAGACACACAGCCCCUUGAAUCUUCUGAAAUACCUGAAACUCAGACCAGCCUGGAGAAGCUUGCAGCUUUCUGCAACACCAACUCUCUAACAAUUUUGGGGAUAUACAAGUAACAGAUCAUUUCAAGAUCAAAUCAUUAGAAAUGCCAGUGGUUGCUAACCAACUUACCUUUUUUUACCUACUCUACCAAAUUCUCUGCUUCAGUAAGUUACUUGUUGUCAUACACAUUUGCAGUCCAAAGUACAAGUGAUCUUUUGCAAAUGAGAACUGAUAAAAUGACUUCCAUAUUUUAAUAUUUUAAAAGGGGCUUCUUUUCAAGAAAUUCAAUCCUGAUAAAAUCUUCAUGAAGAUGUAUGAUUAUGAUAUUUAAAUUAAAUAUAUUUAUUUAUUUUAAUUUAUUUAUUUAUGAACUGAUUCUGGAGUUGUAUGACUAAUUAGAACUUCAAUUAAACAAAAAUAGACCAUCUGCUUUGCGAAGCAGAAGCUCCCAAAAGCAUCCAGAAGAAUUUAAUCUAAAACUAGUCCAUAAAACAUAACCAUGGUUAGUAUCAGAAAACACCUAAUACUCAGGAAUUACUAUUAUUAAAUGAAUUACCUUUGGGUCUUUGAAAAAAAAUCCAACACAAGUAACACAGGUAACACAGUUUCAAUUAAGACAUAUCACUUUUGACACCAGAAUUUGUUAUCAGUACAGAAAUAGACAUAAUUUGGAAGGCUACUCUAUAGGUGACUGUAACAUGGCUAUUAUAACAUUUCUCUGAACCUACAUGAGUCUUCUAAAAUAAAUGAAAA